AAGCUAGAUUGUUACUUUUGGAUUAAUAGUGAUUAUUCUAUGGAAAUUGAGUAAUUUUAACAAUUAAAACGUAAUCACGAGUGAUAAAAAUCAAUCGCAAUUAUGGACCCCCUCGAAUACAAAGCUCUCCACGAGAGCGCCAUGCAGAACAACAACGGAACGUCGGCGUUGAACGUAUUCCUGCACAUCGUCCCGUCGUACUUCACCAUCUUUCACACGGUUCAACUGCUAUCGGUGGCAUCGAUCGCCAACGUUCCCGGCCGCUUCCUGGUUGAGUUUUCGCUGAUGGUCCUUCCGUUUCUGCUCAUGGUCACCAUAUUGCAUCGGCUGGUGGUGAACAUUGCCGUGACGCUGGCGCUGGUGACCGGGGUGUCGGCCGUACAUCAGAUGAAGGACAGGAUGCAUUUGACGCCGUUUGUGCAGAUUCCGGGAAGGCGGCCCCAGUUUAUGAGCGGCGUCCGGGCGUUGAUAAACCUGAUGACGGCGGUUUGCAUACUGGCCGUGGAUUUUAGAAUCUUUCCACGGGAGCUGGCCAAGACGGAGACGUUCGGAUUCGGGCUGAUGGAUGUUGGGGUGGGGUUGUACGUGUUCAGUAACGGAAUCGUUUACAAGGUCGAUGUAGAGAGGAAGCUGGAUUGGAAACGAGUGAGGGAUGUCCUAGUAGGAUGCAUUCCACUGUGUGUGUUGGGAGCGGCGCGGUUCUUCGUGACGAAGGAGAUCGACUAUCAGCAGCAUGUGUCAGAGUACGGUGUUCAUUGGAACUUUUUCAUUACACUGGCGAUCGUUAAAAUCUUCGGGACGCUGAUAAUGGAUGCUGUGAAGGAUCCGGAGAUAGCAAAGUUCAUUGCCAUUACGGUGUUGUGCUGCCACGAGAUGAUGCUACAUCUGGGUGUAUCCCGUUACGUCCUGAAUGAGAAAAUAGGACGGACGAACUUCAUUGAUGCCAAUCGAGAAGGCCUGGCGUCCGUUCCGGGGUACGUAGCGUUGUAUCUUGCUUCAACAUACAUCGGUUCCAUCAUGCGACCAUCGGUUGAGAUUCAACCCGUGAAGAAGUUCCUCCGACAGACGAUCAAGCUGAGCAUCAUUGCGGCCAUCUGCUGGAAGAUGAUCUAUGUUUGCGAAGACAUGUUCGGCGUUUCCCGACGAUUGGCCAAUAUGGGCUACGUUUUCUGGAUCCUGUCCAUCGGUUCGACCAUGAGCGUACUCUUCAUGCUUCUGGAAGUCUACGUCUACUACGUGAGGUUUGAGGAACCGAAAACGCCCGAACAGAUAAUGAAGGGGGACGACUUUUGCAUUCCAUACUCGCCGCUCAUUCUCAUUGCAAUCAACGAAAAUGGAUUGGCUUUCUUCCUGGCAGCAAACCUGUUCACCGGGUUGGUCAAUAUGUUGUUCCAAACGAUGCUGAUGGAACCACCGGCUGCCCUGGUGAUCAACAGCUAUUACAUCUUCAUGCUUUGCGUGGUGGUUGUGUUCAUGUACGUUAACAAGAUCAAGUUAAAGGUAUGGUAAUCACCGGAAGCAAGCAGUAAUUAUGUAAGUAUUCCCCUCUAGUCAUUAUUUAACUGUACUCAUCCAUCAUAUCUGUGUUAAAGAAGAGCAAAGACGUGAGUCAUUGUAUUAAUAAACUACUUUUGCCUACAGUAGAUCUAUUUAAGUUCUAAAUCAAAACUUAUACAAUUAUGCAUACAUCUUUAUUGAUUUCCUGAAACUGAGUUAUUAUUACUCUCUGUGACAAUUUUGUAAUAAAAUAUGAAAAUAUAUAUAAAAAGCUUUCCUUUUUAGAUGACUUUCCAUUGAUGUCUGAAUGCUUACUUAACUAAUUGAUUAUUUUUGCAACGAGAUUUGAAAACUUUUGAUUAUUUUAAAACAUUCAGUUAUUUCUAUGAUGCUAGUGCCAUGCCAA